AUGGCUUCUAAGAUCACAGACUGGGUAAAGCCCGGAGACGCCAGCGGCGAGUUCAAGCGUCUUAGCAGCUCGUUCCGUAAUUGGAUUUCUACAGAGCCUGGUGCGCAGUUCCCGCCUGAGAAGGGUCGAUAUCAUCUCUACGUUAGCUAUGCUUGUCCCUGGGCUACGCGGACCUUAAUUGCGAGGAAGCUUAAGGGUCUGGAAGAUUUUAUCACCUUUUCCAGCGUGCAUUGGCAUAUGGGAGAGAAGGGAUGGCGAUUCCCCACCCCGGAAGACAAGGACGCCGAAGGAGAAAACGUAAUCCCAGACCCAGUCCCUGGACACGAGAAGUACACGCACAUACGCGAGUUAUAUUUCGCAGUAGACCCGGACUACGAGGGGCGCUUCACGGUCCCCGUCCUCUUCGACAAGAAAGCCAACACCAUCGUCAACAACGAGAGCAGCGAGAUCCUGCGCAUGCUCGGCACCGUGUUCGACGAGCAGCUUCCACCCGAGUUCGCCAAGGUGGAUCUAUAUCCUGAGGCGCUGCGGCCGCAGAUCGAGGAGGCGCACGAGUGGACUUACGAUCAUAUUAAUAACGGCGUGUAUAAAAGUGGAUUUGCGACUACCCAGGAGGCAUAUGAGAGGAAUGUUACGGCGCUGUUUGAGGCGUUAGAUAGAGCCGAGAAGCAUUUAGAGGAGACGGGGGGGCCGUAUUUCUUAGGAGAUAGGUUGACGGAGGUGGAUGUUAGACUCUUCCCGACGCUGGUCCGGUUCGACCCGGUCUACGUGCAGCACUUCAAGUGCAACAUACGCGACAUCAGAUCGGGGUACCCGCGCCUGCACGACUACACGCGUAACUUGUACUGGAAGCAUCCCGCAUUCAAGGACACGACAAACUUCCUGCAUAUCAAGAACCACUACACGCGCAGUCAUACGCAGAUUAAUCCUCAUUCCAUUACGCCGCUGGGUCCGCUCCCGGAUAUCUUACCGCUUGAGGAGGAGGUAGAGGCUGCGAAGGCUGUGCUAGGGAAGAAGUAG